CAGCACCACCACCACCACCACCACUACUACUACUACAACCACAACCACCACCAGCGCCUCCCGCAGAGCCCCUACCUGCAGCACGCGGCCGAGCCCGGCCCCAAGGCCGCGCCGAAGCCGCUGCCGAAACAUGAGCACAAGCACGCGGGCCCGCAGCACCAGGACACGCCGAGGAAGAAAACAGGUUAUGGAGAGCUAAAUGGUAACGCAGGAGAAAGAGAAGUAUCAUUAAAGGCCCUGUGUGCUGAUGAAACAACCAACCCAUCUUCCAGGGUACUGAAUGGCAGCCAGCAACUUGUAGACACUAAUGUAAACCCAAAGCAGACUGUUAAGGCCAGCACCUUUGGGAUAGCUGGAAUCAAACCCAAGAACUUCAUUCAGAAAAACAGUAUGGACAAAAAGAAUGAAAAAAUUUAUGAGAAUAAACUUAGAGAAAAUCAAUCCUCAGACAAGCCAGAGCCAGUAUCUAUUCCAAAUGGUGUUGUAACAAAUAGUUCUGGUUAUAUCACUAAUGGCUAUGUAGGCAAAGGGGCAGAUAAUGAUGGUAGUGGGUCUGAGAGUGGAUAUACCACACCUAAGAAACGGAAAGGCAGGCGUAACAGUGCCAAAGGUUGUGAGAACUUGAACCUAGUGCAGGACAAAAUAAUGCAACAGGAGGUCAAUGCUCCAUCCUUAAAACAGGAACUUGAGAGUUUCAAGACUGACUAUAGUGAACAAAAGGGAAACAGAGUUGACAAUACUAAGCCUGUUUGGAAGUAUGAAGCUGGGCCUGGAGGAGUAGGUCGUGGGAAAACUGGGGUUGGGGAGGUACAACGAAAAAACUCUGAUGCCAAACCUGGGAUUAGCAGCAAAAAGUUUGAUGACCGGCCCAAGGGGAAGCAUGCGUCAGCGGCUGCAUCAAAAGAGGACUCAUGGACCCUGUUUAAACCACCCCCAGUUUUUCCAGUGGACAACAGCAGUGCUAAAAUAGUUCCUAAAAUAAGUUAUGCAAGCAAAGUUAAAGAAAACCUCAACAAAGCAGCUCAAAACCCAUGUUCUUCUCUGUCUUCUUCAUCGUCGUCAUCUUCAUCUACUGGAGAAACGCAGGCCCAAAUGCCGAGUCGACUGUCCCAAGUCCCCAUGUCUGCUAUGAAGUCUGUUACUUCUGCUAGUUUUUCGAAUGGGCCCAUUUUAGCAGGGACUGAUGGAAAUGUAUAUUCUCCAGGGACCCAGCCACUGCUCACAACUGCUGCUAGUACUUUAACAUCAACCUCGUCUGAGUCCAUACACCAGGACAUAAGUACAACUUCAACAGCCGUUGAACAAAAGAAGUCCAGCCUUUUUAUCUGUCCUUCAAAUAUGCAAUCUGUGCUUCUGGGUGCAGCACAGGUAGAUCUGCCAUCUCAGACAAAUCAGCAGAACCUGGGGGAUAUCUUCCAGAACCAGUGGGGUUUAUCAUUUAUAAAUGAGCCCAGUGCUGGGCCUGAGACUGUUCUUGGGAAAUCAGUGGAUAAUAAAAUAAUGGAAGUGACAUUUCAAGGGGAAUAUCCUGCCACUUUGGUUUCACAGGGUGCUGAAAUCAUUCCCUCAGGGACUGAACAACCUGUGUUUCCUAAGGCUUAUGAGCUGGAAAAACGGACUAGCCCUCAAAUACUUAGUGGUAUUAUAAAGCCUGGGACUGCUAGUGAGAUUGGAGUCUUGUCUUUGGAGCCACAUCACAUAGGUGACCUGCAAAUGGCAGACAUCAGUAGCCAAGGUGCUUUAGUAUUCCUCUCAAAGGACUAUGAACUAGAGAAUCCCUUGGCCUCUCCUACGAACAAUUUGUUAGCCUCCGCCAAAGAUCAGAGGUACCAGAGAGGCCUAGAAAGGAAAGAUAGCUGGGGUUCUUUUGACCUGAGGGCUGCUAUUGUAUAUCACACUAAAGAAAUGGAAUCUGUUUGGAAUUUGCAAAAGCAAGAUCCCAAAAGGAUAAUCACUUACGAUGAAGCCAUGGAAUGUCCAGAUCAAUGAAGGUAGCAGGACAAGACUACCUGUUACAACCUUUCUGCAGCGUGAUGCUGUUCACAGGGGACACAAGGCUUUUAUGCGCCUUCUAAAUCUUCAGUGCAGCAGAGGAACCAUAACUAGAAUCACAGGAUAAUAUAUACAAAUUAUAUAUAGUUAUUUAAAAAAUGGCAACUGAAAGUAAUUAGACUUCUUAAGGAAUCUGAAAAUUUAUUUCAGCAGACUUCACACGUGAUUAUUUAAUCUCCGGUACUGAAUAGGUUUUUUUAGUUUUUUGUUUUUUGUUUUUGUUUAAAGAGCGAAUGCAAAUGAUUAACGAAUACAGACUCAGUUCACAAACCUGGUUCUAAAGUUCCUGCUGUCAUCAACGUGGGCAACAGUGACUGCUGGAGAGGCAUUUCCACUUUACAAGGUUUCUGUUUCUUGUUCUGUGACUGUACUAAUGGCAGGGAAAUUGGGAUGUUUCACCAUCCUUCAUCUCCCCUUCCCCUUCACCUCCUUUUCGUUUUAUUUUGUUUCACUUUGAACCCUGUGUGAAUGCUGGAGAAACACCUUGAAGUUUGCAGGGUUUCCUUUUUUCCAGAGAAUAUAAUCUGCAUGUCUUGCCAGGAGUCAACCAGCCCAUCAGGUGCUGAGAAAAUUGUUUUAAAGCAUCGUUCUUCUGGGGGGAAAGAUUGUAAUUCUGCAGUUCUGGGAUACCGAGUUGACAACUCCAGUUACAUUUUGGACUAUUACAACUGAAGCGCUGUUUCACGAGUGUCAUUUUAAAAGACAACAUGCAAAACAAGCAAUUGGUUUAGGCAUUUAAUAUGGAAAAAACCCUGUUCCCACACUUUUAUGCCAUUGUAUCACUGGGAGCAAAAAAAAUAUAUAUAUACAUAUAUAUAUAUCUCCUGCUAUCAAAUGUAGGUGCUUCAUAUUUGCUCUGUCUGUCUCAACACUAAAUGUGCUUUUUUCCUGUUUUCACUGAAAACCUGAAGAGAAAUUGUGUUCUGCUAACUUUCACCCUUCUUCAAUUACUUUUUUCUCUUUAGGAAUAAGUUCUGAAAAAAAAAAAGAAAAAAAAAGGAAAAAAGAAAAAGGAAAAAAGAGAAAAAAUCUAUGGGAAUCGUAACCCUUUUCCAUUUGUCUCUGAAAGCAAUGGAUGAGGGAAUACUGUCCCAGCCAUUGGAAAUAUUCUUUUAUAUUUUAAUGCAGUCUGUGUAUUUCUGAGCUCUUUUGCUGCUUCUCAUUAUAGCUCUAUUAAAAUAUAUUUUAUUACAAGAGCAAAAUGGGGGGUGGGGGAGGAAUGAAAAUUAAAAAAAAUCAAAACGAAGGAAAGCUUUCUGGCAAUAGCAGAGAAGGCGGAAGAGUGGAGGCUCCAAUUGUGUAAUCCAUACUGUCGCGCUGCAGCUUGUGUGAAGCAUGUUAAAAAUGUGUUGGGGGUUGGUUUUUUUGGUUUGUGUGUGGGUUUUUUUUGUUUUGUUUUUUUGGUGCAAAAUUCCUGGGGUCCAAUGUAAAACUGAUCAGUUAAUCAUUAGUGAAACAAAACAAGUUUUCUGGCCUAUCCAAAUUCCAUACAGACACAACUUUUAAAUAUUCUUGUAUGUUGACAGCUGAGUGUUGGCUAAAAUAUUUGGGCGUUUAGAUUGACAGGAGUUAGCAUCUGGUAAAAUCAGACUGGACCCCAUGGGGUAUUAGGGGACAGAAAUAACCCCAUUACUUUUGCCUACUCUUUGUGCUUAGAUGUAUCUACUCUUUAUUUAUUUUUUUUUAAUGAAAAUAAUUAGGUAUGUAGCAUGCAUUUUUUUUAAUUGUUUCAUGCUUUUAUUGAGGUUGUUCCUGAAUGAAGCUCUCAGGUUCAUAGUGGGACAAGAAACUUUAAUUUUUCCUGUACCUUUUUAAAAUUGUUCGCUUUCUGCCAUGCUUAGUUUUAAAAGUAUAACUGUGGAUUGCCUCCUCCAUUUUAUGUAUUAUACUAUAUAUAUAGUACUAUAAUAUAUAUACUAUAUAUAUAGUACUAUAAUAUAUAUACUAUAUAUAUAGUAAUAACUUACUGUAUCAGUCCAGGUUCAGAAACUUGUGGUUGGCCAGUUGCGGAAUAGUUCUAUUUCACCUAUAAACUGUAUCACCUUUACAGGUGUUUGUAACUUUCAAAUGUACAAUAUGUUUACAGAUGUGCCUGCAUCUAGUCCUCCCAGUUCCUAUUUUUUAAUUCUGUUAAGUCUCCUGACUGCUUGCCAAAAGUUGGAAUCGCUGUUGGUUUCUCUGUGAAAGAGAACUGAUGAUGCAUUCUUGAGCUUUAAAGUGUUGAACAAACUGGAAAAUACGACUUAAAAGUUGAGGCGAAAAAUGUUGCUGUUUUUUUAAAAAUCUUUCAGGUCAAUAGCAAAGUCUCUAGUUUGUUUUACAGGCUUUAAAGUUCUGCUGUAUAUUUAUUUGCCUUGUGUAAUCACUUGCCACCUUAAGGGCUGGAUUCUAUAUAAAAAAGCCGUUUUGCUUGCAUGGGGUAUAAAGCUGUGCUCCCCACAGCAUCUGCUUUUGGGGCUGGAUGCAAGAGCGGAACAGCAAUAUCUUUUAAAUGGAAUCUGACCCUUAGAGUUUAGAAAUGUCUUAGUCUUGCUGAAUAUUGAGGAAACUCAACUUAGCUAAUCCAGUGCAUCUUUCAAAUAAUGAAAUAAGUUCUCAAAAGAAACAGAAUAAAAUAAUCUUUAAAUGUUUGUUCCUCCGGCUUUUACUCACAUCUUGUCCCUUUGCUAGGCCCAUUGGUAUUUGACGCAGAAACACCUUCUACAGUUCUCUCCAUUGUGUUUCUGAGCAUCUCAUUUCUUAAAAUAUUUCACCAUCUGCCUCCUCCACUCAAAAGCUCCAUUGGUUGUACCAUUGGCUUUAAGCAGUUAGGAAAUUCUUUCUGCGAGCCCUGUAGUUCCAAGUUGCUAACAAAGGCAGUAUUUCUGGGCAACAGAAACUUGGGAUAAACUUUAUUGCCUAGGGACAGGCAGGACCAUGGAAUAAACUUCCUUUGUGCUGUUUUGUAACACUUAACCCUCUCUGUGUCUGGAGUCUUUCUCCUUAAGUCCUCACACAAUUCUUUACUGAGCACUUAUUAAAAAAAAAUCUUAAGAGUUAAUCUGUUUUCUGAUUACUUUUGUGUAAAUUUAUAAAAACAAAUUCAGCUCUUGUGUUCCUGCUCGCUCUCUUGUGUUCCUGCUCGCUCUCUUGUGUUCCUGCUCGCUCUCUUGUGUUCCUGCUCGCUCUCUUGUGUUCCUGCUCGCUCUCUUGUGUUUUCCUUGGACUCAGAGUAUUAGUACUGUAGCAUAAACCAAAUACAGCCUAGAAAAGGUGCCACCGUCUCCCGUUCUGGGGGCUGAACACGGUGUGGGGUGCAUGCAGGGAGGUGGGACUGAAUGAAUGUGCGUGCAAGCGUUUUAUUCCUGUUGGGAGAACGAACUUGGUAUUUAUUUUUGUGCCAUUUGUUUUUAUUACACUGAGUGAAAUAGUUUCAAACAAAACCCUAAAAUACAUGUAGUAUUGGGAAGUGGCACUAAGAAUGAAAUCAUGAUCUAUUUUUUUUAAUAGCUAUGAAGAUACUAAUUCAGGUUAAAGGCUUCUUUUAACGUUCUCUUUUGAUUGUAGGCCCUAUGAGUCAACCCACUCCUUACCCCUCCCCCUCCCCUUACCAGUGAAGUUUUAUAUUUAUUUGACUAUUCCAGCACAAGAGGUAGGUGGGUGCGCGCGCACGCACACACAUGUCCUCUUCCUUCUCCUGACUAAAAUCUGAACCCCACCACCACCUCUCUCCUUUCCUCAUCCCCCUAGUGGCAGGUUUCCUUGGGGUGUUAGCUGUAAUGUGUCUUGCACAAACGAAACCUGAAUGUGUACCAAAAUAAACACGUGGCUGUUUCUCGUUGGUGGACUGAGGUGUGUGUUUUGUCCACUCCAAGGAAUGGCUUAACAGUUGCCCUGUGUUUCCUCUUCCCUCCUGUGAUGGAGAUGUCUGCCCUUUCAUUCAGACAGCACUGGCCUCUGUGCUCUCCUCAUCUGGUAUCCCAUCAGACUGACAGCUGUGAUUACUCUCAAGUUUUUGAUUUUGUAUUUGAUUUAAAACAAAAAAAAAGUCCCAGCUCAGUCAUUUGGGGACCCUGAUUACAGCUGCAGAAGCCAGUUGCCUAGCAGAUCUGGUGUGCACCUUUGAGAACUACCUGUGUAGUGUAGAUGGCUUCUGGUUUGUCACUAACCCAUUUUGAACCAUAAGUCUGACUGUUUGCCUUCUUUAAUUGCUGCAAACGUCUUUUUUCAAUAUGGAAAAGACAAACCACAGCAAAAUGGAGCUGUCAUGUACUUAGCGGCUGGGGAAGGGGACUAGAGAGAGCAGGCCAGUUCUAUCACAACAAAAAUCACUUUCUGCUUUGAGAAAAUAACUCCAGAGAGAAGGAAAUUGUCCUCUCUAACUUUCAUAGGCAAUUUGUGUUUUUCUACCACUCCUUUCAAAGACCAGGAUUUUGAUGUAAAUGCACCUUCGUCGUUAACAGCUGCUAAAAGGUGGUGGUGGUGGUAGUAGGAACAUUUCUUGAUGGUAGCAUGGCAGAAAGUUGUUACAUGCAUAAUUAUUGCAGGACAACUUGUACUUGGCUAAUAGUGUCUAUGUGUUAAGGUCUUGCUCUUUCUGGUAAUAGCAUUUUCAAUAACUCGCUCCAGUGUCUGGUGCUUUCAGUCAUCCUAUCACUCGGAUGUUUUUGUACAUGUGUAGUGUUCACUUUCGUUACCGAGGCUGUUUACAACGGAGGAGGUGAGCAGCAUUAGGAGAGGAGAGAGCAAGGCUAAAUAUGAUUCAAGCUGCUACAAGAGUUUUUGUGCACAAGGCAAGAUUCACUUGAUGGUUGCAAGAACUUCGCCAACCAGUGUGGUGUGGCUGAACCAGGGAAUGGUGGGGGAGUGGAUAGAAAUCCUGGCUUUUGGCACCGUAGGGUUAAUGGAAAUAUGCCUACCCAUGUGAAAAAGUGAAACCAGUUGAGAACCAUGAAUCUGGACUGAUGCAAAGGAUUGGAAAAUCUCCGGCUCCUCUACAGACACGCUGCAUUACAGAGCUUCAGAAAUUUGCCCAAUUUGUAUUACAUCACCAGGGUAAAGCUGGCUGACUUAUAUCCUGUCUAAAGUCCUCAAAGCUGUAUAACUUAGCACCAUGACACUAGAGGUAGUGGAUGUCUGAGGCAGCACAGGAGUGUUGUAUUGCGUGACCUUGUAUUCAGAGUGUAAUAAUUCCUCAGUGAUACGCUGCUAGGAUUGUUGAGUUGCUGUUGUGAAAUGGAAAUCUCAUUAAAGGAACAGAAGUCAUAGCUUCGCUUUCCCUGGGGGAUACUGAGUUGUAUUUAUCACUGACUGUUAAUCAGAAAACUUCACUUGUGUCCAGAGUUCUAAAGCCAUUUUGUAACAUAGCAGUAUCCCUUUUCUACAGCCUUAUUAAUAAGUUUAGUAGCUUCUUUAAAAAAAAAAAAAAAAAAAAAAAUUCCAUUUCUUUCUGUGGUAUGAGCAUUGUAUACUGCUAACAUAUGAACGUUCAGCAAAUCUCAAACUUGCAGUUUUUCCUUAAAAACUCUGCUUUUCAUACAGUCUUUCCUCAGGUGCUAAAUAAGGGUUCCAAAAAAAUUGAUACUGCUUUAGGAGUUUCUGCUUUAUUCCUAAAAUACCUAUUUUUUUUGCUUAGGUGUUAUAAAGAUUCAGUAUUUUAACAAGAAUGUUUGUUUUUGUUUUAAUAUAUAAAUAAGAAUAUGCCUCUUUGGUUUGGUUUUAUCCCGUUUGGGCCUAUGUUAGUCUCCUUUAUCCUUUUGAGAAGGACUUUCUUGUGACCUUGAAGACAUUUCAUUAAGUGUUGCGUUUAAGAAUGAAUCUACAGUUGUUCACGUCUUGGAUUAAUGCUACUGCUGCUAUCAGUAACUCUGAAAAUCAAGAAUGUGAUGCACUUUUUACAUGACCAUAUAGUUCUUCUAAGGACCGUUUGACCCCUCCUGUAACACAGCCACUAAUUCUGAGGGUAACCUAGGAACUGAAACAACAGGGUUUGGAAGAUGAGCGUAACUAAUUUUGGUGCUGAACCACCUAUGAGGAUUACUAUGCAAUGCAAGCGAAAGAAAACUGUUAACUUCAAAGAACACUGUGUAUCAUCCCUCCCUCAGACUGCUAUUGGAAAGUGGUGCAAAUCCCUGAGAUGUCACUUUCUCUUCCUUUUUGGCUGGAACAGGGAAUACAGCUAAGGGUAACCUUAGGUCAAAGAAAUCUAGCUGAAGCAUGUUCUGUUUUUUAGCCAUGUACAUCUUUGGAAGGAAAAUGCUGAUGGCUGCGAAAUAAUGUUUUUAAUGCUUAAUCUCAAUGUGAAAUUUCUGGCGAGGAUUAACCAGCAGUAUUAAAUCAUCUGACCUUUCUAGCCAAUGGCAGCUCUGCUUUCCCAAAGUUGUGAAACACUCUUACUUUUGCCUGAUGUCUUCUCUGGCUGCUCUCAGGCUGAUGGGGGGGAGCCCAGCUGGCAUCUGAGGUUUGCUGUCUUUUCCCAUGUUCCACUAGUGCAGCGAGACCUUGAGAUUGGGGUCUCUGCUUUAUUUAGCUACAGAACAAAAAUGUGAAUGAUUACAAAUAAAUGAAGGCAUACGGGUUAGUGAGAAGGAGCGUGUCUGGUAUAAUGGCACUGGCUCACUUGACAGACGCACCAGAGCUAUUCACCUUUGUGGUUCUCAGCCAGAUCACUCGCAAGCCAUGCACUCCUGUUCUGCAGGAGAGCUUGCAUGCCGUUAAGUGAGAGAUUGCUGGAGGAACAAAAGGGAAUUUACUUGAUCUUUCUGUUGUAGAAAACCUUUUUUAAAAAAAAGUGGGUAGAAAUUUUUGUAGGGUGAGGGAAGAAUUGAGGGGUCUGAAAUGGUAUGUGAUCAUGCUUCUGAAACAAGUCAAACUGCAAUAUGUUAGGUAAAUAUAGAACAGUCUUCUUCAUUAGCUUCUCAGCACUGUAUUUUUUGUUAACCGGUUAAUAUAACGUGCCCUGCAUGCCUAUUUAAUUUAAAAAAAAAAAAAUGGUCAAACUCACCAGUGAUUUGUUGUGGAGCUUUGCAUUGGUAAUUCUGGGCUUCUCACCCUCUUGUAUGACAUAACGAACUCCCCCUUCUGCAAUCUGGGAUUGGCUAUAGUUCUCAGUAACGAGCUGGAUCAGCAUAAUCUUAAAUUGACUGAAUAGUGGCUGUUUUACAGGCUUGGGGAGAAAUUCAAAUCCUAUGAUAUGGCACCUUUCCUAUCUGAACGUGACCCAUAUUUGUGUGUAAAGGAACCCUGGCUUGCUGUUCUUCCCCUGUUAGCAAAAGAAGGUGGUGUAAUGCUUUGUCUGCAGAACUGGAAGGUCUGGAAUCAACUACACUCUGGAAUGCAGGUUUUCUGCAGAAGCUGAAAAUUCCAUUUACUGGGCGGGAUUUUCCUCCUGUUUUUUUCCCUCCUUAAGUUUUGUAAAGGAAUAAAGAAAAUGCACCUUGCUUAAAAUAAAAAGAAAUGCUUGUUUGCAACCAUUGACUCAGAAUAUUAAACUGUGCAAUUCUUGUUUUCUCCAUUUCUGCAGCUCUCUAGAUUCAGUCUCCCCAAAGUGAUUUUUUUCUGUUUUUAAGCCUCUCUGUAUUUCUGCCACUGUAAAUGUGAAAGCUUGCUUGCGUUACUUUUUAGAAAUGCAUUUUGCACACUCGGGUUUCGCCGAAGCUCCAUGGAAAGGUUAGUCCUAAGCAGAUGAAUAAAGCUAUGCACAUGUUUUGGAAGUUUAAUUUGUGUCUCAUUACCAGAAGUGACUUAUCUGUUCUUGUUUGCAUUCUUGUGCUAUCAUUGCAUACGUUGGCUUUCCCAUCUCUCUGAGGGUGUGACAUACGAUGGCAGUUCUGUGCUAUCAGUCCACUAGCAGAAAACUGGUGCUUCUUUUAGAAGCCUGAAGCGGGGGAAGGGGUUGUUUAAAAGCCUAAUUUAGAGAUUUAAGUAGUAGGGAGAAGGGUGUGGUGUGUCAUUUUGCUGGAUAUAUCCCUUGAUAUCAUUGAGCAAAUGUGUCCAUUCUGUUAAAGACAUGACUGGAGGUGUUACCUCCAGACUAGCUGAGAAGUUGCAGUGUGGGGGAAGACUUACACUUGCUGUUUUUCAAUCCCGUUUGAAAGGACAGCUCUGAUUAUGGGAUAUUAACUUGAAACUAGUUGAACAACCCAUUUGCUUAGACAAGUGUGGGGUGGACUAAUUGUAAGCUAUGUAGAGGGAAAACAACUUAAACCCGUUUAAUCUUUGCCCAUAGUGCAAGGCUAGAGACAUGCUCAGCUGUUCUAAUUGCUGCAUAAUGCAUGCAAUAAAUGGGGGACAUUGGCCACAUUGAAGCUGAUGGCAAAAAUCCCUUUGAUCUCCAGGAAGCCAAGAUUUUUGCCCUGUGUCUUUCCUUUUGUUUAUGCAGGUGUGUGGCUGCACUGCAUUGGUUUGAUUGAACCAUCUAGCCCAAGCCCUUGCUGUGUAGGAGUGGCUGGAUUUCAUGUUAGAGACCAUAUCCCAAACACCUUUCUUCCAUGUGCUCCCUUAGCUGUGGCUGAAAUGCGUACUCAUUUUACAGGAGCUUUUUUUCUGUACAGAACAGGGCUGCUUUUCUAUCUGUCACACGUGUACUUACUGCCUUCAGUGGCUCAGGCACCAAGUGGCUUGGAGGCCCUCAACAUGUUUACUUAAGGGAAUAUAAAACCACAAUCCCUCCUGACUCUUUCAGUGUUAAUGGCACUUUGAAACUCAACUGCAUACUACAGAGCCAGACAGUUGGGCUCAUACAUGUGGUCUCUUGUGGCAGAACUGCAGGAGCACAGCAGGCAGUGUCUUGCAUGGAUAACCCUGCGCGCGUAUAUCUGCCAGUCAUUCUCAUUUCUUUUCAGUUUCCUGGUAUGUCUAUUAAAAUCACAGCAGAUCCUGUCUUAGCUGCUCAGGAGCUGAAUCACCUCUUCAUGUCUAAGAGGGGUAGCCCCUCUCUGUUACCAGUGGGGUAGCUACAUGCUACCACACGUAAUGUUAAAGGGAGUUGUUUUCUUGUCCUCUUCACAAUAAUUUGAAAUAGGCUAAAAUAUUGUGUACCCAGCUACAAACGUAGACAUUUUCCAGAUUGUGGGAAGGGUGGCUAGAGCAUUUAGUGUAAAGCGUAAAUACCUGCUGUAGCUGUAUCUAGUGCAGGCUGUUACAGAGUGAUGUCACGGAAUGUAAGGCUAGAUACUGUCCAUGAGCUGUAAUGGCAGAAUAGAUCUUUACUGAAGAUGUCAUACUUCACACUUUAAAUGUUUAAAAAGUUACCUUAAUUUCAUUUAUUCUAUAUUGCACCAACUGGUCUUCAAAAGUUACCCGAAUUUACUACUUUAUCAGGAAGAAAACAGAAAAUUGUGUAGCUCAAAUACAUUGACAGACAAUAAGUGAUGUAAAUUGUUGAAUAAAAAUUUUAAAAUUUGUA